CUCUCCCUUGCCCGUAGUGAACGCAACCGACAACAAGAGAAAGACGGUCGGACGCGAAAGUUCUAGCAUCUCCGUUGAGCACGCUGUCGUGCCGGCUACUUCAGACCUAACUGAUUAUUUCACAGCGUUCUCCCAUCGCUAUCCUGAGUUAUGGCGGCUUCAGAAGCUACUCCGAUGGAAAUAGAAAAGCCUGUAAAUGGAGUAGACCUCAGUGAGGGCCAGGAUGGAGGAAUUAUCAAGGAAAUUUUGCGAGAAGGAGAAGGGGAUGAGCGGCCUGCGAAAGGAGAUAGAGUUGUCGUACAUUAUGUUGGAACACUGCUGGAUGGCUCUAAGUUUGAUUCUAGCAGAGACAGGGGUGACACAUUCACAUUUAAUCUUGGAAAAGGACAAGUAAUCAAAGGUUGGGAUGUGGGUGUGGCUUCUAUGAGGAAAGGUGAACUUGCAAGGCUGACCUGCAAAGCAGACUUUGCUUAUGGAGCCGCUGGCUCCCCUCCCAAGAUCCCCCCAAAUGCGACACUGGUGUUUGAAGUAGAACUCUUCUCAUGGCAAGGAGAGGAUGUCUCCCCUGGAAAAGAUGGUGGCAUCAUCAGAUCAACCCUCGCAGAAGGCUCAGGUUUCCAGAGUCCUAAUGACUACGCAUCUGUCACAGCCAGUUUUUCUGUCAAGCUGAAUGGGAAGGUCCUCCUUAAUGAGUCUUCAGUGAACUUUACCUUGGGAGAGAGUGAUGACCCUAAAAUUACAAAGGGGCUUGAAGCAGCUAUAAAGAAGAUGAAGUUAAAAGAAAAGUCUCGCUUCACCAUGGCUCCUCAAUACUGCUACGGGAAGGAAGGGAACAAGGAACUUGACAUUCCUGGGGAUGCAACUCUGGUGUAUGAAGUAGAGUUGGUCUCCUUUGAAAAGGCAAAGGCUGUGUAUGAAAUGGAAAACGCAGAAAAACUUGAGCAGGCAGAAAUCAGGAAAGCAAAGGGAACAGACUUCUUUAAGAAAGGGCUGACGGAGAAGGCAUUGGCCAACUACAACACUAUCCUGGACUACCUUGACAGUGAGUCCACACUAGAUGGAGAGGAGAAGACGCGGCGCGACGCUCUUGUGCUGGCUGCACGGCUCAAUCUGGCGGCCUGUCAACUCAAGCUGGGAGACAACCCCAGCGUUAUCGAACACUGCAAUGAGGCGCUGGAGAUACAGAAAGACAGUGCGAAGGCUUAUUUCAGGAGAGCUCAGGCGCAUCAGAACCGAAAAGACUUUGACUUGGCUAUUGAAGACUACCAGGAAGUGAUAGCUCUGGAACCCAACAACAAAGCAGCCAAAAACCAAAUGAUUGUGUGUAAGAAGGAACAGCAAGCAGCCUAUCAGAAAGAGAAGAAACUGUAUGCCAACAUGUUCAGUAAAGUUUCACAGCCGGAUUCCAAGGUGGGGGAAAAGUGAUACAGCUGAAAAUACCAGUGUGUUCAGGGACGGGAUCGGUGAAUGGAACAAUGACAUGGCAGCGGGGAUGAUGCCAUUGGACCAGGAAGUGGCCGCAUUUGGCGACGUGAUGCCAAUUUCCCCCGGCAAUAACAAUGGACUCAACCACAGAGUUUGACAUUCACACUUGGGCCCCACACAAUAAUUUUUCUCUACCAUUUUUUCUCUCCAUUUCAUCAGAAUAUCUCGGCACCCGUACAGGAUUUUACUUUUUGAAUGUUGAUUAUGUAUGUUUACAGCAAAGGCUUUUUUUAUGUUUGAGACAGUUGUUUCGAAUAAAGAAUGUGUUCUAAGCAAAGAGCUUAUAGA